GACUUGCUCUUGUCGAAUUACCACCAUAUGCUGGACUUCUGUAAAUCUUGGCGCUUCGUGGAUCAACUAUAGGUGCUGACGCUAGAAGUUCGUCCAGACCAGUGGUUCUUUCGCGUAUAGUAACGCACCAGUAAGGCACUUUUUGGGGGGCAAUUCCAGUGCGUGUCGCCCUCGCACCACCUUCUCGAGCACGUGCGAAUCUCAGCUUGUGCCGAAGCCGCCUCUCGGAGCUUCGUAGUUGUUCGCCCUGCUGCCUUUCUUUCGCCUCUUCGCGUCGCUGCUUCCUCUUGCGCCGCCGGAUCACGCGGCGGCGUGGCAAGCAUGAAGACGGGAGGGACGUUUCAGGAGAUCGUGGCGCUCGCGGUAUCGCUGGGGGGCCUCUGGGCGCUGCUGCUGGCGCAGCAGUUCCCGCCGGCCGUCAAUCAAGUCAUCCUCAUCCUGCCAGUGUACGCGUUUGUGGCUCUGGGGUGCUACGGCGUGGGGGCUCUGGGCUACGGGCUGAUGCGCUUCCCCACGUGCCCACAUGAGGGCGCGCUGCUGCGCAAGGACAUAGCUGAAGCCAGGGAGUAUCUCUCCAAGUACGGCCUGCAAUAGUUCCCGUGCCUGCAGCCCAUCCUCCACAUUCCCCACUGCUCACUGCUCACACAUCCACACGCAUUGUGCCUGCCAACCAGCUAGGCCAGCUGUUAUUUCUCGCAGGGCUAUGUACCAUACGAUUCCAAACAUGCAUUUCUCAUUGAGGUUCAUUCCUUGUAGCUGUGUGUAUUGGCUCUAUACUAAGAGUCCCAUGUGUGUAUUCUUGUAAGGCCAGGGGCCGGGACUAAU